ACUGAAGCCCAGUCUGCAUGAUGGCACAACUAAACUUCCCCAAAACUCACCCAGUCAUCUCAAAGUUGAGGGACUGUUGACAUCGUUGUCAGUUGCCACUGCUCGGACCAUAAAUGCAUCACAUCCUGCACGCUGGAAGAUUUUUACAUGGAAACAACUACCAGACAGCCUGGCACAAGUGUUGCUCUAGCUUUGCCAAGAUGAUGCGUGCAGUGUGUGUUGACGUACCGGGAGGACCAGAGAAUUUGCUGCUGCGAACUGUCUCUAGACCUCAGCCUAAAGGUGGAGAAGUCCGAAUUAAAGUUCAUGCAACUGCCCUCAACAGGGCGGACUUACUGCAGAGGCGAGGAUUGUACCCGCCUCCCCCGGGUGAGAGUGACAUCAUAGGCCUGGAGGUAGCUGGUACUGUGGAUACUCUGGGUCCGGGGGUGAAAGGAGGCUGGAAGCCAGAUGACCGGGUCAUGGCGCUGCUCUCUGGAGGAGGAUAUGCAGAAUAUGUUUCUGUGCCUGAGGAGCUUCUAAUGCCCAUCCCCCCUGAUCUCACUCUCUGCCAGGCUGCUGCGAUCCCAGAGGCCUGGCUCACUGCUUUCCAGCUGCUGGUUUUCAUCGCUCAGGUGAAGGAGGGUGAAGUAGUUCUGGCUCACGCUGGAGCCAGCGGAGUGGGAACAGCUGCUGUUCAGCUGGUUCGUCUGUUUGGUGCCGUGCCCGUCGUUACUGCAGGAAGCCCCGAAAAACUAAAGAUAGCUGAGAGCCUGGGAGCUGCAGCGGGGUUCAACUACAAAGAGGAGAGCUUCGCGCAGGGAGUCCAUGACUUUACUGGAGGCAAGGGAGCAAACGUCAUCCUGGACUGCAUCGGCGGCUGUAACUGGGAGCAAAAUGUGAGCUCUUUAGCCACCGACGGCCGGUGGGUGCUGUACGGCACCAUGGGAGGCCGGGCAGUCGAGGGAGAUCUGCUGGGAAAACUGCUGUCCAAGCGAGGCCACUUGCUCUGCAGCCUCCUGCGCUCUCGAAGCCUUCAGUAUAAAGCAGACCUGGUGAAGGCUUUCUCACUCAGAGUGUUACCGUGUUUCUCAGGCCAGCCCGCCUCCCUGAGGCCGGUGAUUGACAGCACAUUCAACCUGGAGGACAUCGCAGAAGCUCACAGACACAUGGAGGCCAACAAGAACACGGGGAAGAUUGUCAUUAAUGUGAUUCCACCGAAUCAGGAGGCUCAGCGAUUAACAGCUGCAGUAAUUUGAACAGAAAUGUAACAUGCUCUGACAUUUGAUUUAUGUCAAUGAAUCUUACAGAACACAACAGUGUUAGUUGCAAACAAUUUGUCUAACACAAAUGUUGAUCAUGAUUUUAAAUAUGUCUUAUCCACCAAUAGUCAACAACAGUUCUUCUGUAGUGUCACGACUAACCACUGCUAAAUGUUUGUUAGUAUUGUGUUCAUACUGGAGAGACCGACACUGACUCUCCUCUUCACAUAUAUUAUACAAAAUAAUGCCAUAACAUAUUUUACAAAAUAUUACAGAGAAACAUUAAAAGAGACUUGUGGUAAAAGCAGA